GGCCUAUCACGUGAUCCCCGUCUUUAAAAGAGAAAAACAAGAUUUGUUCUUUGCUACCUGAUUACUCAACAAAAAGAAGGAAAUAUGAAGUUUUUGGAGCUUUUUGGGCGCUUAAAAUCCGUGGUUAUUGGGAUGAUUCACGUUAAAGCUUUACCAGGUACCCCUCUGGGUCGUAUGAAAAUGUCCCAGAUAAUUGAAGAAGCAUGCAGGGAGGCCUCAGUCUACCGUGAUGCAGGAAUUGAUGGUUUGAUCAUUGAGAACAUGCAUGAUAUCCCUUACUCGUUCUCUGUGGGCCCUGAGGUGUGUGCCUGUAUGACUGCAGUAUGCUCUGCUGUGAGAGGUAUCUGUCCGGCCCUGCCACUCGGCGUGCAAAUACUGUCCGCUGCUAACCAGCAGGCUCUGGCUGUAGCUCUGGGUUCAGGUCUGGAUUUCAUCAGGGCUGAGGGUUUUGUCUUUUCUCACGUGGCUGAUGAGGGACUCCUGAACGCCUGUGCCGGAGACUUGCUAAGAUAUCGCAGACAGAUUGGAGCUGAACAUGUGCAGAUCUUCACUGACAUCAAAAAGAAGCACAGCUCCCAUGCCCUGACGUCAGAUGUGAGCAUUGAAGAGACAGCCCGUGCUGCGGAGUUCUUCCUCUCAGACGGACUCGUCAUCACAGGAGCGGCGACUGGUGCGGAGGCUGACCCGAGGGAGCUCACAGAGGUUUCCCAGUCUGUGAGAAUCCCUGUGCUGAUUGGUUCAGGAGUGACCUACGACAACGUCGAACGCUACCUUGAUGCAAGUGGAAUGAUCAUCGGUUCACAUUUCAAGCAGGGCGGCCACUGGGCCAACACACUUGACCCGGAGCAGGUGAAGAGGUUCAUGGGAAAGAUACACAACCUUCGAAAAUGAAAGGGACGGUUUUCUGUUCAUCACCACAGUGUCUUAAACACCUUUCAUUACACUGUCAGGAUAUCUGCAGGUCCUUUCCUCAGAGAAAGCCUCAGGUAUUUAAAAGUCUUAAAUAUUUUAUGUUGCCUGUUCAGUAGUAAUGAAGCUCACUGACUCAUAAAGUGUCGAUUUUAACAAAAAACUUAACAAAUCUCUGUCACUUAUCUGCAUCCACAUUUAUUAUACCACUGGGAAUUGUUGUUAUAUACAGCUGUAAUGCACCUACAAAAUAUGUGAUAGAAAUGUCAAUAAAUGCUGAAUGGACUGCA